ACCCGAACGUUCCGUAGUCGUCGAUUAGUUCUGAACCGAAUAAGGUGUGUGUGAACCAAGCACAGCGUUUCGUGAAUUUAGUGCUUUUUCUGGUCCUCGAGGAAGGAAAUUUCCUAGUUCUGAUCCGGAUUUUGUGCCAAGAUGAAAUAUCUGGUACUACUAGUACUAGGAGUAUUCCUGUUUACAGGAAUUUCCACGGUCCGUGCCGACGAUGGUCUCGAUGCCGAAGAUUUACCAGUGGUGGAACAAAAUCUGGGGGCCUCCAAGGAAGGUUCCCGUACCGAUGCCGAAGCACUGAAACGCGAAGAGGAAGCCAUCAAGCUGGACGGAUUGAAUGUUGCCCAGAUCAAGGAACUACGGGAAAAGUCCGAAAAAUUCACCUUCCAGGCGGAGGUCAAUCGGAUGAUGAAACUGAUUAUCAACUCGCUGUACCGCAAUAAGGAAAUCUUCCUGCGUGAGCUGAUCUCAAACGCAUCGGAUGCGCUGGAUAAGAUUCGAUUACUGUCACUGACCGAGCCAGGCGUUUUAGAUUCCAAUCCAAACUUGGAAGUUAAGGUGAAGGCAGACAAAGACGGCAAAGUGCUGCAUAUCAUAGAUACCGGUAUCGGCAUGACGAAACAGGAUCUGGUUAAUAAUCUGGGAACGAUCGCUAAAUCGGGAACGGCUGACUUCCUCUCGAAGAUGCAAGAUACUAAAACAGAAGGUCAAGACGUCAACGAUAUGAUUGGUCAAUUCGGAGUCGGCUUCUAUUCUGCCUUUUUGGUGGCAGACCGUGUUGUUGUGACCACCAAGCAUAACGACGACAAGCAGUAUAUUUGGGAAUCAGAUGCAGCCAGUUUUAGCAUCGUUGAAGAUCCUCGUGGAGAUACUCUGAAGCGGGGAUCUCAAAUUUCGUUGCACCUCAAGGAGGAGGCUCAAGAUUUCCUAGAAGAAGACACAAUCAAACAGCUGAUCAAGAAAUAUUCGCAGUUCAUCAAUUUCCCCAUCUACCUAUGGACCAACAAGGAAGUCGAAGAGGAGGUCCCGAUUGAGGAUGAACCAGCAGAAAAACCAGAAGCAAAGGAUGAAGACGCAGCUGAAGAGGAAGAUGGCAAGGUUGAAGAAGAAGCCGAAGAGGAUAAGCCUAAAACUAAGAAGAUCAAGAAAACCGUUUGGGAUUGGGAAAUUAUGAACGACAGCAAACCUAUCUGGACGCGAAAGCCGAACGAUGUUACGGAUGAUGAAUACACCGAGUUCUACAAGAGUUUGACCAAGGAUACUUCGGAGCCACUAACGCACACUCACUUCAUCGCCGAAGGUGAAGUUACCUUCAAGUCGCUGCUGUUUAUCCCGAAAGUUCAACCGUCGGAAAGCUUCAACAAAUAUGGCACUAAAUCAGACAACAUCAAGCUUUACGUGCGUCGUGUUUUCAUCACUGACGAGUUCAACGAUAUGAUGCCCAAUUAUCUCAAUUUCAUUCGAGGCGUUGUCGACUCCGACGAUCUUCCAUUGAACGUUUCUCGUGAAACUCUACAACAGCACAAACUGAUCAAGGUUAUCAAAAAGAAAUUGGUACGCAAAGCGCUGGAUAUGAUUAAGAAAAUCGAUAAGGAAUCAUACGAAAAGUUCUGGAAGGAAUUCUCCACCAACAUCAAGCUUGGUAUCAUGGAAGACCCUAGCAACCGAUCCCGUUUGGCUAAGCUUCUACGUUUCCAAUCAUCCAACGGCAAGAGUGCCAAGGAAUACACCAGUCUGUCGGACUACGUAUCACGCAUGAAGCCGAAACAGGAACACAUUUAUUUCAUUGCUGGCGCUAGUCGUGCUGAAGUUGAAAAAUCGCCAUUCGUCGAGCGUCUCCUGUCACGUGGAUACGAAGUUUUGUAUCUGGUAGAGGCCGUCGAUGAGUACAGUAUCUCUGCUUUGCCUGAAUUUGACGGAAAGAAAUUCCAGAACGUGGCCAAGGAAGGUUUCUCUCUUAAUGAAUCGGAAGAGUCGAAGGCAAAAUUCGAAGAACUGAAAACUGAAUUUGAACCUCUUCUAAAGUGGUUGAAUGAUGUCGCUCUCAAGGAUAAAAUUGCUAAGGCUCAAGUGUCCGAACGUCUAUCGAACUCACCUUGUGCCUUAGUUGCGUCUAUGUUUGGAUGGACUGGUAACAUGGAACGACUUGCUUUGGCCAAUGCUCACCAGAAAACCGACGAUCCCCAACGUCAGUACUACUUGAAUCAACGUAAAACACUUGAAAUCAAUCCACGCCAUCCACUGAUGCGCGAACUGCUUCGACGAGUUGAAUCUGACUCGGAAGACUUGGUUGCCAAGGAUAUGGCUGUUCUGAUGUUCAACACUGCGACUCUUCGUUCCGGAUUCCACCUUCCGGAAACAGCAGAUUUUGCAGACAGUAUCGAACGUAUGAUGCGUCAGACUUUGGGAGUUUCGCUGGACGAACAACCCGAACAAGAAGAGUUCUUCGACGAUGAGGCAGCCGAUGCGGAUUCCAAGGCCGACGAUGACGAGGAAAUCAACGCCGACGAUGAACAUGAUGAACUGUAAUCGCCAUCCCCCGAUGGUGCGCCAGUGUGAAUGUGUAUGCGUGUUUGAAUGUUUACAGCCUUUCACAAAACACAUUGAGAGAGAAAGGACUGUUUUAAAGUCUGAUAAACCUUUCGUGUCCGGAGUGUAAUUCCGUUUAAGUCUUAUUAAAUCUAUACUUCAAGAACAUCUUGUGUAAGGAAAAGGGCUAAUUUUCCUAGCUCGAAACGAUAGGCUAAUAUUAUUGUCCGUUCAUAGUGGUUUAGUCAGUAAAUAUUAAACUUGCAUUUCUUAGGGAAUCCAUGUUUUGUUCAGUUAAGAAUAAAUGUUUAUCAAUGCAGAUCCAUUUCUUUUUUUUGUUGAAAUUCGACAUUGUUUUCAUUGAAUCACGAACAAAAGAAUGUAACAAAGGACGUGAAAAUACAAUAACUAAAAAAGAACCUCUGUGUAAAUCCAUUCAAAAAAUAAAUAAAUAAUAAUAAAUAAUAAAUAAUAAUGGAAAAUAAAUAAUUUAUGAAAUCGA